AUGAAGCUGCUGUUGAAGUUACAGAAUCUAAAACUCUUGUGGACUCUGAAGCCUCCUAAUAGGACUUUCCAUGGACAUCCCAGGCUGCUUUCCUCUGAUGUAUAUUCCCAGUAUGAGUCCAUCAGACAGGGCAAACAGGAAAUACCAAAGUACUUUAACUUUGCAAGUGAUGUACUGGACAAAUGGUCUGAGAUUGAAAAGGCUGGAAAGAGACCAUCAAACCCUGCUUUCUGGUGGAUAAAUGGCGAAGGAGAAGAAGUGAAGUGGAGCUUUGAGGAGCUGGGGUUCCUGUCUCGGAAAGUGGCCAAUGUACUGACUAAAGAAUGUGGACUGCAGAAGGGAGACAGGCUUAUCCUGAUCCUACCACGAAUUCCAGAAUGGUGGCUGGUCAAGGUGGCUUGUAUGCGAGCAGGAAUUGUCAUAAUCCCAGGAACGUCCCAAUUAUCUGCCAAAGACAUACUGUACCGACUCCAGGCAUCAAAGGCUAAGUGCAUCAUUACCACUGACAAACUGGCUCCUGCAGUGGACUCGGCGGCAUCCCAGUGCCAGCUCCUGAAAACCAAGCUAAUGGUGUCCAAAGGCAGCAGGGAGGGAUGGCUGAACUUCACUGAGCUGUACCUAAACCAAUCUGCUGACCAUUCCUGCAUCAAAACAAGGAUUCAAGACCCAAUGAUUAUCUUCUUUACCAGUGGAACUACAGGCUCUCCAAAGAUGACUCAACAUUCCCAGGGUAGUCUUGGUUUCAGACCCCUUUUAAGUGAAAGGUACUGGUUGGAUUUAACUCCCUCUCACAUGAUAUGGAACACUGCAGACACAGGAUGGAUACUAACUUCAAUAGCAUCUUUUUUUGAUCCUUGGGUUUUCGGAUCAUGCAUCUUUAUACAUAACCUACCACAGACCGACUCAGAAGUCAUCCUGAACACUCUCUGCAGAUUCCCAAUUGAUGCCCUGGUUGGUGCUCCAACACUGUUCCGCAUGCUGGUGCAAAAUGAUCUGUCCAAAUACAAAUUCAUGAAGCUGAAGUACUGCGUGAGUGGAGGGGAACCACUCAACCCAGAAGUCAUGGAGCAGUGGAAGAGCCAGACUGGGCUGGACAUCCAUGAAGUGUAUGGCCAGACUGAGAUGGGAGUAAUCUGCUCUGUUUUUAAAGGAAUGAAGAUUAAACCUGGAUCAAUGGGGAAAGCAGCUCCCCUUUAUGAUGUUCAGAUCAUAGACAAAAAUGCCAAUAUUCUGCCUCCAGGACAACAGGGGGAAAUUGCUGUCAGAAGCAAGCCUAUAAGGCCACUUGGUUUUUUCUCUGAAUAUUUAGAUAACCCUAAGAAAACUGCAGAAAGUGAACGUGGGGAUUUUUAUGUCACUGGAGACAGAGGGACUAUGGAUGAAGAGGGAUAUUUCCAGUUUAUUGGCAGAAACGAUGACAUCAUCAUUUCUUCAGGGUAUCGCAUUGGGCCAUUUGAAGUAGAAAGUGCCCUGAUAGAGCACCCAGCUGUGGUAGAAACAGCUGUUGUCAGCAGCCCAGACCCCCUCAGAGGAGAGGUCGUGAAAGCAUUUGUGGUUCUGUCCCCAACCUUUUCAUCCACUGACCUGAAAAGCUUAAUUCGUGACUUGCAGGACCAUGUCAAGAAAACUACUGCUCCAUAUAAAUACCCUAGAAAGGUGGAAUUUGUCAAAGAGCUGCCAAAGACAGUCACUGGGAAGAUCAAGAGGAAUGAAUUAAGAGACAAAGAGUGGGGACGGAUAUAGCAUUGUUUGGAAUUUAACAAAACUUCUUUCAUUCCAUUAGCACUAUGUACAUUUCACUACUAUAGCUGCCAUUAUUCUGAUCUCUUUUUGUUAAGUGCCUGAGCAUCAAAAAACUACAGGUAACAUCAAGAUGUGAUAUUUGUGCCUGCUUGCAGAGUUUCCAAUGUUAAUACCUGAGUGAAUUGUAUUAUUCUGGGUGAAAAAUAAAAUUUUCAGUAGACAA